AAAAAAAUACAAAACAAAAUGUCUAAUGAUAAUAUUAAAAUACGAGUAAUACAACCAGAAGACAGUGAACAAGUUGUUAACUUUAUAGUGGAACAUUUCUAUCGUGAUGAACCGUUAUGUGCAACCGAACCUAAAAUUGUGGCCUCUCAAACAGAUAUAGAUGAUAUUUUGGAAUGUAUUAGAGCCGGUACUAGUAUUAUGGCCACCAAAGAACUUUCACACGGUGAAGAAGAGUUAUUAGCUGUUAAUAUUGCCGCACCAAAAGAUGCCACCUGUAUAGAGAAAUAUUUUAAAACAGCCGAAAAAGCUGGCAAUACAAAAUAUGGUCAAAUUUUAAAAUUACUAGCAAUAGCUAACCGUAAUGCUGAUAUUUUCCAACGCUAUAAUGUUAGUACGAUCUUCUACUCCUUUAUAACAUGUGUUAAACCCUCUGCCCGUGGUCAUAAUCUGGGAAAACGUUUAAAACUUGAAAUAAUGGCUUUAGGCAAAACAUUAGGCUAUCAAGUGCUAGCCGCCGAUUGCACUAGCUUCUAUUCGGCCGGUGUUUGUGAACGUUUGGGCAUGGAUCGUGUACAUUUUAUAGCUUAUCAGGAUUAUGUGGAUGAAAAUAAUAGACCCAUUUUCAAUCCACCCUCACCGCAUGUUGGUUUGAGUUCUUUUGCUAUACGCCUGUAGAAGUUGCAAAGUCAUUCAUUUGUUGUUAAGUUUAAAUUUUAAGUUAAUUUUAGCUAGAUAAUUAUUUAUGCAAAAGCAAAUUAUACAACACAUUAAAAAACAAUAAAACAUAAUUUGCAUAAUCAAUCGCAAAAUUAUAAUUAUA